AGCCCACUUUGAAGACACAUCGGUGUGCGUGCGUCGGAUAUAACCUCAAUACUAGAAAUUCUUAACCUCAAAGGAGCACUCGUGGAAAAAUGAGUACCGACACGAGUUUUGAGCCUGGUCAUAAAUCUAGUAAUGAUUCUGACUCUCCACAGAAUGAAUCGGCAAAUGCUCAGGGUGUGGAGGUCAUCGAAAUCCUGCCAGGAUUUACAAAUUUCGAUGAUUUCGUUAAUGCUGGAUUCGAGGCACUAAAAACCGGCAUAAAAGCCGCUAACGGCUUACCCAGUGGUGAAAAAUAUGACUACUACAAAUGUUUUCCAACCUUUCGUGAUAUCAUUAAUGGCGAGAUAAACAACGUCUUGGGCUGUAUGCAAAACAUUACAGAAGGUGUCGGAGUGAGAGGCAAUAUCAGACGGCGUGAUAUAGAAGAAAAGUUUGAGCUUUUAAUUGAAGCUAAUGAUAUUUUAUUAGAGCGAGCGGGAAUAUGCAUGGAUGAGGCAUCCGGAAUUCUGCGAAACCCAGACGUUGAAUUUGUUGUAUCGCAGAGCAACUCAACAGCUGUAAGCGGUAGUUGGAAUAACUUAUCUUUGCAUUCAAAAUCUCAGCAAUCUCAACCGAUGAAUAAGGCUAAAGCGAUUUGUUUACUCACGGCAAAGAAUAUUCAGCGACCACAGUUGAAGUUUGAAGAUAAAAUUGAUAACAGCCCUAAACCUUUCCAACCUAGAAUAAAGGAUAAACCAAACUCGUUAAAGCCACUGGUGCUUUAUGUCGAAGAAGAUGAGGACGGAGAAUUCUUCAGCCAUCCAUACGAAUUUGAACUUGAUAGGUUUGAGGCACCUGAGUAUCAACUGGAGUCUCGUGUUCCUGUUGAAUAUAAACAUAUAGAUGACACUUCUUUAGUCGUGAUUGAAAAACCUGAAGAUAUAAAAAUACUAUUAGAUGAUUUAAGUAAAUACACUGAGAUUGCAGUUGACGUGGAGCAUCAUUCAUAUAGAUCAUUCCAAGGUAUAACAUGCCUGAUGCAAAUAUCAACCAAAGAUACGGACUAUCUUGUCGAUACAUUGUCACUUAGAUCUGAGCUGUACCAGCUUAAUGAGAUAUUUACCAAACCGUCCAUUCUUAAGGUAUUUCACGGCGCUAGCAGUGAUAUCGAGUGGCUGCAAAGAGAUUUGUCUUUGUACAUUGUAAAUAUGUUUGAUACUCAUAUUGCGGCCAAACAGCUUAAUUUGCCGUACCUAAGUUUGGCACAUCUUAUGAAGCGUUACUGUAAUAUUGAUCCAAACAAACAUUUCCAACUGGCCGACUGGCGAGUCAGGCCUCUUCCUGAGGAGCUGAUGAAAUAUGCGAGGGAAGAUACCCACUACUUGUUGUAUAUUAAAGAUAACUUAACAAAUGCAUUGCUAGAACAGGCCAAUGGGCAAAGCAAUAUCUUGAAAGCAGUCUACGACCGAAGUACAGACAUAUGCAAAAAGACGUACAGAAAACCAGUUUGGUCAGAGGAAAGUUGUAUGAAUUUGUAUCGAAAGAGCAAGAAAAUGUUCAAUAACAGACAAUUGUACGCUCUUAGAGAACUGCAUAAGUGGCGAGAUGCUACUGGUAGGGCAGAGGACGACAGUACUGGUUACGUUCUACCAAAUCAUAUGUUAUUGAACAUCGCUGAGAGUUUGCCCCGUGAAAUGCAGGGGAUUCUGGCAUGUUGUAAUCCAAUACCGCCUCUGGUCAGACAAAACUCGUUAUCGCUUCAUAAAAUAAUCUUAAAAGCCAAGGAACAGCCGAUGAUAAAACCCAUCCUAGAAGAUGAUAUCCGACAACGUAUGACACAACGAAAUCAAGUCACAGAUUCAGAAACUGCACUUCUGUAUUCGCCUCAUGAUAUGCCACAUGAUAUGGAGAUCAGAGCCGAUUUACCUUGUUUAUUGGACCCAAAUAGCUCAUCCAAAAUUAAUAUUACUCAUCAAACGGUUCCUCAUACUGUCACUGUAUUUGACAGCCCCCCACAAUCAGAGGAUGAAGACACCGUGGGGCACAUAACGAGGAAAAAAAAGAGACGAACGCCAUUCAUCAGUCCUUUUGAGCGGUAUAAGCGUGUAUUGCCCAUGGUGGCUGCAGAAGAAGCGAAAGAAAGAGAGAGACGAGAAAAAGAAGAAGCUGAAAGAAUAAAAUUGGUAGAAAAUAAUGAAAACGAAAUAACAGAGAGUAAGAACAGAGUUUACCAACACUUCAAAGAUGUCGUUGAAGUAGUUACCAAUCCAGUCAGUGUACAGCAACCGGCUGGUAGCAGUUCGAAUCAAUCUAUUGAUUCUAAACAGUUGGGACCUGACCACAAAACUUUGAGCCAGAUGCAGGGCAGAAAGCGUAAACGACAAUCUAAUUAUCAUGAUGAUACUAAAAUUCCAGAGUCGCAAGAUGAUUUGUCAACACCGAUACCUUUCCUGCAUAAAAAGCUCACGCAAAAUUAUAGACGAGAUAAACGAGAAUUGAAUUCACCCAAACAGAGUGUAAAGAAGCAAAAAACCUCAUUCCGCGAUACAGGGCAUAGUUCAUUCACUGAUGAUAGGGAACUUUCUGCAAAUACAGAAUUGUCUGUUAAAUCACUUAGAAACAACAAGAAAAGGAGUAAACAGGAAAAUAAUAGGAAUAUGAAAGAGAAAGGCAUUCUACCUAGAGAAUCAUUUGACUACAAAAAUGUCGAUUUCAGUAGUUUUCAAGGAGGCAGCCGUACGCAGAACCAGAUUCCCUUCCAAGCUCAGAACAAGAAAAAGAAUGCACGAGGAAACCGAGGAAAAGGAAACAGAGGUAGUAAGAAGCAAAAAUGGAACUGCUAAUCCCAUUCGUUGGUAAAAAUUAAAAUAUAUUGCGAAAAAGGAGUAAGUUGCUUCUGAAAACUGAAAUAAAUAAUAUAUUGGGAAUAUUUGAUGAAAUUGGCCGCUUACACUGAUGUCAAUCCUACUGUGAUUUGUAAGGGAUUUUUCUCGACCUCGAUGAAUGUCUGUAGAAAUUUCUCUCUGUGUCAUCAGGUCAAUAAUAAGAAAAAACUGAAUGUGAAUGACGUUUCGGCCCUGAUGGGGGGGUGCCUACUUGCAUCCUACUGUCGGGGCAUAGGAUAUGAAAUAACCGCGAUUAGCGCGAGUGAUUACUUUUAUCAAAUACUCUGUUUACUAGAUGUCUCAUACCGCAGCAUAUAGAACCAUUCAGCUUGUUUGAAGUUAUUUUUCUUUUGGUUUUAAUUCCUCAAUAUCGAGUGUCUGCAUACCAAUUAUUGAUAUUAUUGGUAAUUAAUGUCCUUCAACUUUCUACCU